CCGAUAGGUUGGAUAAAUAACACCUGAAAUCGAAUACUUCUGGCCAGCGAUAUUGGAUAAUAUAAAUAAAACGCAGCGCCAAGGAAACCCCGAUCGAGAUUAACAGCUGGACAGGAAGUCGGCCAACCGGAGCAGCGCAACCGCCGCCCAAAACACACACACACACACAGAGGGACACGGGAGGACAGACGCCAUGCCCACACAAAUUCCGCUGAGGCCGAUCCCACGGCUAUUCUUACUCAUCCUUAUCUUCCUGCUCACACUGGGCGCCAGCGGCGAGAAGGUGCUGCAGGAGAACUUCCUGGGGCUCCAGGAGCCGCCGGUCCAGGACCUGGGCGAACUGCUGCGCGACCUUCGGCUCGUGCCGUCCCGCCUAGACUUUGGAACGUGGUCCGUCGGCCAGGCGCGCUCUCAGACGGUGACGCUAUUCAACCAGCACUCCAAUAGAACGCUCCAGCUGAACGCGGUGGCCGGCCCAAGUCCGGCCUUCUACAGCAGCUUCCUGGGCUCGAGGGAGGUGCCGCCCCAGGGCAAUACCUCUUUCAACGUGGUAUUCCUGCCGCGGCAACUGGGCGCCAUUGCCGCCGAUCUGCUGAUCCACACCUCCUUCGGCCAGGCCGAGCUGGCGGUGCGGGGCGAGGGCAGCGAGUGCCCGUAUCGCCUGAAGCCGCUGGUGGGAAUCAAAGCGCCCAUGAAUGCGACGCUCACGCCAGAGAUCCACAUGUACAAUCCGCACGAGCGGCCGCUGCAAAUACUCGAGAUAUACAGCAGCGGCGGAGAAUUCCAGUUGGAGCUGCCCAGUGGCGGAUCGGAGGGUCCACAGAAUCUGUGGGAGAUACCGCCGCACACUUUAAAGCCGGUCAUUAGGAUCUCUUUCCAUGGCCGCACUGCUGGUAACCACAGCGCCUACAUACGCAUCAAGAUUGCAGAGCCAGAGCUCGAUAUUGGCCAGGAGAACGUCCUGGUUAUUCCCGUCGAGUUCGAGAUCCUGCCUAAGCAUUCUCCGUACGCCCGCAAUCCGCUGGCGGACUUCGGCCGCGUGGCCACCUUAAAUGCUCCGGAGCCCCUGCAGCUCAAGCUGGAUGUUCGGAAUGACGAUAGCAGCCUGCUCGUCGGCAGCUAUCUGCGCAAGAUUCCGGGUCUCUCGUUCGACGCCAACAGCACGAGCAUCGUGUUGGAUGCCAGGCUGUUCGAGGGCAGCGAGACCAUUAACGAUCUGCUGGUGAUCAAAAGUAACCAAUCCAGUUCCAUUCCCGAGACGGAUCAGGCGUUCACAGUGGUGGUCCGCGCAGAGAUCUUCCAUGGAGGUCUCUCCUUCGACGGAAAUGUCACAAAGUUUGUGACCACUUCGUCGGAAGGCGGAGAGAGUGCACCGCUGGAGAGGAAGCGAUCGCUGGUGGUGCGGAACAACUUCGCCAUGCCCCUUAUUCUAUUCAACGUGAGUCUCACCGACCCCGUCGACGAAUCCAUUUUGGAAGUAACCCCAGUGGGCGAACCCAGGAUAGUUCUUCAGCCAGGGGAGUCCGUGGAGCUCCUGCGCCUAAACCUGCUGAAUGAGCAGGUGGCGUUUAAGUCCUUCCUGAGGAUCGAGACGAACGUCACGGUCUUUAAUAUUCCUUUGGUCUCAUGCAGUGGACGCCUACGUGUGUCCACGCAGCCAUUUGUGCUUAAACUUUUCCAAAACGCGCUGGAAGAGGAGCCACACAGCCUGGAGCUAGAUCUGGGCACUGUGCCAUUCGCUGAGAUGUCACGCGACGGAUUCGUGAUUCUCCGCAACGAAAAUCCGGUGCCGGUGAAAAUCACCAACUGGUUCUUCAAACACCCAAAAACCGUCUACUCGCAGUGCACCUUCCUGGGCUGCCGUUCCACGAAAGACCAAGAUCUAGUGAGUGCCGAAAACGAGACAAAGGGCUGGCAUUUGUGCACAGAACUUCGCGCCGGCGAAAUUGCCGUAUUCAAGGUGGCCAUCCAGACGUACGAAGCGGAUGCCACGUUUGGAACCCUUAAGGUGUGGACGCCAUACGAGCUGAUUCGCGUUCGCGUGAAGUUCGAGGCCUCCGUAGGCCACUUGGAGAUUGAGCAGGAGCAGCUCAACUUCAAGAACUGCUUUCCCGGCAAAAUGUGCACCGCCGUGCUGAGCAUCCGCUCCAGCUUCACGCACCCGGUGCACGUAAAAGGCGUAUCCUUUGCCCUUCCGGCGGGCCUGCGUUUUAAGGACUUCAACGCCAAGGGCACUACGAUUGCACCGCAAACGCUGACCAAAGUUGGGCGCAUCUACUUCGAGCCGGCGGCCCUGUGCCGGAAUCAGUGCUACAUUAGGGAGUCCACAAAUGAUCUAGCCAUCUUCCCCAGCGUUCCAGGAGGAGGCGAUAAACACAGUGGCGCUAUCAACAAUAAUCUCCUCUAUGACGGAGUGGAGUUGCGGCAGCGCACGGAACUCUUCAGGCAGUUGAGACGCCAGCUAUCAUCCAUGUCCCUGACGUUACAUAGCGAGGAGCUGCCACCCUUGGAGCUGGACUUUUCCAUACCCAUUGAGUGGCCAAAGCUGGUGCAGUUUCAACCAAUCCCCCCUACGCCAGCUAUAGAGGUUGGCCAGGUGCAGCGCCAGUGGAUCACACUGACAAACCCCUCGCAGAACCCGCUCCUGCUCGAUUACUUCCUUUCGGAUCCGGCUUUUGCACGCCGUACCCAGCUAUCCCUACCGCACGAGGUGAUCGACGUGAGCUCAACCAGUUGCUAUCUGACAGAUAAGGAGGUUUUUGCCUUGCCCGACGCCGGAGAUCCCAUCCUGCUACCAGGAGGUGCCAGUCUGAACAUCCCCAUCACCUUCAGCGCCCAGCAGCCGGAGAAGUACUGCACCCUGCUCCAUGUAAGAAGCAAUCUGACACUGUAUGAGGCCGUUUGGCUGCAGGCCCGUGCCGUGCAGUCGCAGUUCCGUUUCGGGAACCGUCGGCCGGGAUCCUCAUCACCGUUGCUCUUCGAGAUGGCCAUUGACCAAUUUCAGGGCUGUCAAUCCGGUAACGGAGCUGUGGUAGCCACCCGUAGCUUCACUGCCCGCAACUCGGGCGUAAUUCCCAUGAGGAUCGAAGGCUUUCUCAUUGGCUCUCUGCCGUGUGAGGAUUACGGCUUCAAGGUGAUGGACUGCGAGGGAUUUGAUCUCGGCGAGAACGAGACCAGGAAGGUGGAAAUUGCGUUCAGCGCGGACUUUACUUCCUCGAGGGUCAAACGCUCCCUUACGCUGCUAACGAACCUCACCUACGACAUUAGCUAUCAUCUCCUGGCCCAAAUGCCUGCGGAAAGCGUGGAGCUGUGCGCCUCCCUUUUGGUGAGACCCGGAUGGGAGACCUCCCUGAAGAAUGCCGCACUUGUGGUGCUCCUGGCUAGCUUUGGACUGGUUCUGGUGGCGGCUGUUUUUGACGCGAAAGCCAUAAUGGUCCAGCAAAGUGCCUACGACGCGGCCAGGAACAAAGGACCCUUGCAGCCAACUUUUAAUCUAAGAAAUAUAGUAAAGCUGCAGGCGGAGGAGGCAGCAGCUAAAGCGGAGGCUGUGCAACAGCAGAAGGCCAGAAAUGGCCAAGUUAAAGAACUACGCAAGCGAAGUGUAGUGAACGCGACAUCUAAGUCAAAGUCCAAGUCGUCCUCCUGGUCACCAUGGAGCAUGGACAUGAAUGCUCUGAGUAAGCAUCUGCAAAAAGCUAAACCAAAGACGGUGGUGAGCACCCCAGUUACUCCUCCUACUGCUGCUGUGGUUGCUUCUGCUGCUACUGCACCCCCACCGGAAAUAAAGCCGGUUAAAAAGUCAUCGACGCCGUCGCCCCAGGCUGUUCCCCUCUUAAAUCAAGUUCGGCCCCAAAAGAAGGUAAAACCGACUUCAGUUGUGGCCCCUGUGGCACCCAAACCCAAGCCGGAACCUUUAACACCGGUCGUCGAUCAACAAGAGAAGCCGUUGGCCAAACCAAGUCCCCCGCAACAGGAAAACAUAUCGCCAAAGCCCAACAAGGCACCAGAGCCGCGAGUGCUUAAGGAACAGAACGGAUCGGCAAAGAAAAUGGGUAAGACACCGGGAAGAGAACGGGAAAGGGAGCGCCGCAAGGAGCAAAAGCUGACGAAUGGCUCAGGAAGUGCUGGAGUGGGAUUCAGAAAGCCGGAGCGGAAGCAGCGCCACAAGCUGAACUUUGGGCAGACCACGAACAGCGCGACGCCGCCAUCCUCGCCGGAUGCUCUCAAGUGCAUCAGCAAUCCUUGGGAGAUGAACAGUCACGCCUCCUUCCGGGAUGUGGUGAGGUCGCCGCACAUCGCGCCCACUGACAACGGUUUGGGUUGGAGUCACGGGGCGUCUUCAAGUGGUCUAGGACCGAUCGGGGACAGCCGCAAGAACUUCACGCCACCGACGGUGACAUCGCAGUGGGAACCUCUUUCAGCUACGGCCAGCAAUUCGCUGUUUGCCAACACAGAGGUGGAUUACCCAACUCCAGAUGUUACCUACGAGCAACGGGAGCGGGAGGAGCGCAGCGACUUGGUCAUACGGCACCAGCUUGUCCUAUCGCAGGCCCCGGAACUGGAGUUUCAGCAGAGGCAGCAGGAGAACCCUUCGUUGCUAGCGAAUUUGGAGCCGAGCAACUGGGCCACCAACUGGUCGCCGCUGGUGUACACACCCUGGCCCGUUGCCACGCCCAGCAUGGGUGUUAUUCGUCCUCCGCCAGGUCUGGAGCAGAACGCACCCCAGACGCACAACCUAGCACAAGCCAUGGGCCUGGUGGGAGCGGCAACUGGAACUGCAGUGCCCGGCGAGAGCCUUCCCACGCAGUACGAUCCUUUCACCUCGCCCAGCUCAAUCUGGUCCGACACAUGGCGCCAGUCCUCGCAGCGCAACAACCAUAAUCACAUGAACUAAGGGAAUGACGAGGAGCAAGCUCACUGAUCAAACCGAAUCAACCAAAUGAAAUUCUUACCACAUAGGAUACCUAGGAUACGCGACGAUGGAGGAACGCAGAAUGAUCUUUUCCAAUUUGACUUUUGACUAAUAAACGCAAAGAUAAAUGACUUUCAUAUCAAA